AUGGACUCGACAAUACCAUCGUCCAAGCGGAGAAAGAUAGUCGGUCAAUGCCCUACCUGUCACCAGUCCUUCGCCUCUCGGCACGAACUACGGGCACACAUGGCCGACCCACAAACUCACGCGCCCGCCUCAGACUCUGAUGCCAUAUCCUUCGGCGAGCUCAGUUCCGACUACGACAGUCCUGACGAGGCGUCUUAUCCGCGCAAGCCACACAGCACAACACAGCGUGACGUCGACGAACCGACGCUCGACACUGACGGCUUCGAGUUCUCCAGCUCCGGGUCACCGCCACCCAACAUGGAGCAAGAUGGGUUCGAAUUUCUCAACGCAGGUCAGGAUUUCUUCCCUGAUGCAGCGCACUUCAACGCUGAACAGGGGAGUGUGCAUACUAUGCACGACGAGCACGAGCAGCCCAGCGCAGAGUACACGCCAUUCGACCAGUCUACGCAUUCAGUGCCGCGGAAAGCGCGACAGCGAACGGAGAAGGGAGCGCUGGGUGUGCUGUAUUGUGGGACCUGCGACAAGUAUUUUGGGAAUGAAACGGUGUUCAAGAGACACUUUAUGUUCGGGAUCAAGCAUGGGGAGGAACCGCGGGAUAUGAGGGAUCUGUACUACAGGGUUUGGGGGCAGACGUGGGCGGAUGAGGCAAGGGGAAUGGAGAACAUGGGGAGAGUUUCGGAUGGGGAUGCGAUGGAGUUGUAG